AUGAAAUGGCUAAGUAAGCUUUUCAAAAUUGGGAUUAAUAAUAGAGGAGUCACAGAAGAUGGUCAGCAACCUCAGUUUCUGGGGGAGGAAAAUAUGUCUUUGCAUGCGCCCGUUAGAUCUUUGGAUGACCGUCCAAGGACCAAAAGGGAAAAAGAUGAAUUAGAUCGUACAAUUUCCCUCUCUCUGAAUGAAGAUUUGAGAAGACCAAACGGAUACAAAAGGAGAACAGACAAUGAUGAAGAUCUAGCAAGGUCACUUCGUGAUCGCCCCAAUAAAUCAUCACACCCUCCAUAUGCUCUUCGAGACCCUCCAUAUGCCCCUCAAGAUUAUGAUCACAGGAGACAUAGAGUAUGCAGUGGUUACUACCACGAAAUUGCUUAUGGAAAUUAUUUGGAGCAGAUAGAGAUGGCCACAGAAUACAAACUCAUACCUGACAUCAAACCAGGAGAGUCUGGCUGGACUGUAAAAGCAAUAGUUUCAGAAAAAUGCUCUCCCAACAAAGCUCGGAACAGCCCAUUGAAAUACCGGCACAUUUAG